UCGACCUGCUUCCAGCCGGCGGCGGAGCAAAGCUUCACUAUCCAGGCUUCAAUGGAGACUUGGCAGAAGUGUGAGGCCAUUGAAAUGGAAAGUUCAAGCUAUGAUAGGAGACAUAACUAAAAUGGAUGCUAAAAAGCCAAGAAAAUGCAGUUUGACAUCCUUCCCAGUUUUGAAAGCAAGAAAGAAACAAAAUUUCACCUCUGUAAAGGUUGAGAGUAAGCCUUUGGUUCAAGCCCAGAAGCUACCUACCAAGAUCAAGACUCUCAAAAUGACCCAAUUUUUUCAUAAGAAGACAAACACCAGUGUUACGUCACUUCCUUUUGCAAAUCCCAAACCGAAGAAGAACAUGGUUAAAUUCCCUCGUAUUGGCAAUAAACUCCCGCUCAAGCCACUCCUGGUGCAUCAGGAGACUCAAACUCACAGACAGAUGUCAGCCUUUGGGUGUAAGCUUUCAGAAAGGUCUUUCCCCUCGAACAUUAAAACCCAAGAUCCCGAGUCAGAGGAGAAAACACCGAGGAAGCAUAAGAUGCCUCUGACAUCGGCAGAGGCCCUCACAUGUUUUAAGAACCAACUCUCUUCUUAUGAGCAAAGUGAAAUCCUGGGCUACACAGAGCUGUGGUUCCUAGGGCUUGAAGCAAAGAAGCUGCACAUGAAACCUGAGAAUUUCUGCAAGACAAGUUUCGAUGAUGAACAUGGCUCCUACAUGAAGGUUCUGCAUGACCACAUUGCCUACCGCUACGAGGUUCUGGAAAUGAUUGGAAAAGGGUCCUUUGGACAGGUGGCCAAGUGCUUGGAUCACAAAAACAAUGAGUUGGUGGCCUUGAAAAUCAUCAGGAACAGGAAGAGAUUUCACCACCAGGCCCUGGUGGAGCUGAAGAUCCUGGACGCCCUCAGAAAGAAGGACAAAGACAACACCUACAAUGUGGUGCACAUGAAGGACUUUUUCUACUUCCGGAAUCACCUCUGCAUCACCUUUGAACUCCUGGGAAUCAAUUUGUACGAGUUGAUGAAGAAUAAUAGCUUUCAAGGUUUCAGUCUGUCGAUAGUUCGGCGCUUCACACUCUGUGUUUUGAAAUGUUUGCAAAUGCUUUAUGUAGAGAAAAUCAUUCACUGUGAUCUCAAACCUGAGAAUAUAGUGUUAUAUCAAAAGGGCCAAGUCUCUGUUAAAGUUAUUGACUUUGGAUCAAGCUGUUAUGAAGACCAGAAAGUGUACACCUACAUCCAGAGCCGGUUCUACCGAUCCCCGGAGGUGAUUCUUGGCCAUCCCUACAACAUGGCCAUUGACAUGUGGAGUCUGGGCUGCAUCAUGGCGGAGCUGUACACUGGCUUCCCUCUGUUCCCUGGGGAGAAUGAGGUGGAGCAGCUGGCCUGCAUCAUGGAGGUGCUGGGCCUGCCACCAACCCGCUUCAUUCAGACGGCCUCCAGGAGACAGAAAUUCUUUGAUUCCAAAGGUUUUCCUAAAAAUAUAACCAACAACAGGGGGAAAAAAAGAUACCCGGAUUCCAAGGAUCUCACAGUGGUGCUGAAAACCUAUGACAGCUGCUUCCUGGACUUUCUCAGAAGGUGUUUGGUAUGGGAACCUUCUCUCCGCAUGACUCCUGACCAGGCCCUUAGACAUGCUUGGAUUCAUGAGCCACGGACCUUCAAGCCACGACCCAGGCCCCAGAUCCUGAGAAAAUCCAGUCUAUAUUUCCCUUCAGAGGCAAGGAAGGACAAGACUCAAAAUUACCAACAUUUGGACAAAAAAGAUGUAAUCAAAAAAGAGACUACAAUCAAGGUAAAAAAUGGCGGCCCUAAGCAUGUUCAGAAUUCAGGUGAUCUGCAGGGCUCUCUUCAGUGUCCAGCUGAAGGUGUCCAGCUGCCUCAUCUAGUACAAGCUUCCAGAAAGCCAGAGGCAGCUGUCAGGCCAGAGGAGUCCAAGGCCUCCACAGACCAACAAGGCAAGAACUCCUCCCCCAGGAACUUGAACACUUUACCGCCUCUUGUGUGACUGUUGAUGAGGGUGUGUCUUGUUUCUUUCCACCAAUCAUUUGUAUUAGAGAUGGCACUAAUAUUGUACAAUAUUUCACAUUGUUGUUUUUUUAAUGCAUAAAGCUUUUUUUUUUUUUUAAAAAAAGAACAACCUCUUCACAUGGCCAGUUGGCGUGAUUCCUCUUACAUGCAGGAUAAGAGGAUGUCCUUCACUCCCUCCUAACAUCCCUCACCAGAUAAAACAUGGGGUAGAUGUGUGGUGGGGGCUUCUUUUAAUUAUUCAAUGUUAUAGCAUUAGUAGAACCCCAAAUAAAAUUUUCUUCUUCUCCAAGA